GGGAGAGCUGAGGUGAAGGCAGCGCUCUGGAGUCAGAUGUGUCUUGCAGCUUUUGCAGAGUAGAGGGAGAGCCCCUGGAGAAGAGCCUGUGUGCAGUGGGAGUCUCUGCAGCAACGUGUUAGCAGGAGGAUGAGAGGCGGGAAUUUGCAGCGUGGUGCCAGGCCCCAGGCACGGAAGAGGGGGAGAACCAGGCCAGCGGACGUGUGAGCGGAGCUCCCGGCUGGAAUGCACCAGCUCAGCAAGGGAUUGUCCUCGCCGGGCCGGGCGGCUGCUGCGCCCGGAGCCUGGUGGCCGUGACAGCUGCCCGGACCAUGGCGGCCGCAGAGAGCCCCUCCGCUGCCCUCCGGCGCCGCGACCUCUGCAGCCGCGGCAUCCGCCUGGCCGGCAAGAUGCGCGCGGAUGUCGUUGACCUCCUGGACGCCUACGUGGAGCAGCAGGGCUUGGACGCCUCGGCCAGUGUGGCGGCAGUGGAGGGGGUGCCGCUGGCGGCGGUGGAGCGCUGGGACGAGCAGACGGGCACCCAGCGGCUGCUGGAGAACCUGGCGGCCUACCGGGCCUUCCGCGCCCUGCUGGCCCAGAUGCUGGAGGAGCAGCGGGAGCAGCUGGGCGAGGCCGAUGCGGGCCUGGGCCGGGCGCUGGCGGCUGUCCUGCUCCAGGUCUCGGCCUUUGCCUACCACCUCGAGGAGCUGCUGCGGCUGGAGAGCCGCGGGAUCCCCGGCGAGGAGGAGGAGGAGGAGGAGGAGGAUGGGCCGCCGCCCCCGCCGCGCCUCGGCCUCUUCGAGCAGAAGCUGCGCGGCCUGGGCGUGUUGCGGGAGCUGGCCCAGUGGGCCGUGAGGUCCGUGCGGGACCUGCGGCAGCUCGCCAAGCCCAGCCCGGCCACCGGCGCGGCCCCCGGCCUGGCCGAGAGCCCCUGAAGGCGAGCGCAGGGUGGGGGGUCUUGGGUGCCCCUGGGGCUCCUCGCCCACCCGCUCAGAGGGCAGCUGAGAGCGAAGGAGGGGACGCGGAGGGGAGGGAUCGUGCCAUUAAUCCCGAUGCUUUUAAUGCUGCUCCCCGUGGGGAAACUGAGGCACAGGCUGCAGUCUACCCCGGAGGGAGCAGGGAUCUGCAGGGGUCCUUGGGCUCUUCCUGCUGGGCAGUUCAAUUAUCCCCCAGGAAACAGCUUUGCUGCUCGCCCCAGGGCCUGGAGGCAUGAGCAGUGGCACUGCCCUUCUCUUUGGAAUUUGGACGCUGCCUGUGGCAGGCAGAUGCUGCCCUGUGGCUCUUGCGGAUGCGGGGCAGGAGCCAAGGGACAGAAAAGCAUCACCGGGUGAAAGGAGUCUUGGGAGCUGACCCCCAGCUGCAAGGCACAAGGCUUGGCCUCCUGCACGUGGACUCUCCUUCUGCCCAGCUUGGUUGGCUGCUCAUUGAAUUUCUGCUCUAACUGCUUGGGGGCUUUUUGGGGAGGGGGGUAAGCAAUCAGGAGGGGGAAUUCUUACUUGCUUGGACAUGAUAAUGGAGAGGAUCUUUUAACUGCAAGGGGAUCUUUUAGCUUUGAUUCAGAAGCCCCUGUGCAAGGGGGUUAGAGCCUGCAGGGCUUGUUUUAGAACUGGGAAUGGCAUGGGAGAAUCUUACAGCCCCAACCAUAUCGUUCAUCCUGUGCAGUGCUGGGAUGUUUCACAGCUUCCUGGGCCACGGUUCUCUUGCCGACUGGAUGUGAUGGCUGCCGUGUGAAUAAAAGGGCUGGGAGAUCUA